UGUAAUUAAUCAGCAGAAAAUUGUUCUGUUGAUGGAAAGCUCUCAGCUGGAAUAAAGCACCCAGAGCUGGCUUCUGCACCAAGCACUUCUGCCUCUCUGAAAUCAGAAGAGAGACAGCAUUUUGAUCCAUUAAUCCAUCUGAUAUGUAAUGUUUUAUGAAAAAUGUGUUUCUAGGACAUUACGUUGGUGUUGUCUUGCCUGCAGAAUCAUGGAGCUGUAAUUAUUUCCUUGUUUUUCAUCUGCUGCACUGGUCAGAUGAAAAAUUUCAGGAGAUGGCAUAAUGAAAGAGGAAUUUGGACACUACCUUUUUUUUUUUUUUUUUUUUGAGUAAUGGUUAUCCUCUUAAAAAUAAUUCCAAGGAGUAUUAGAAUGAUGUGAAACUAAGUCCUUUAAACUAUUUCCUCUGCUACACUGACAAAGAUUUGUGAGGAUCUCAUUAGUCACAAGAAGCACAAUAAAAGAGUACUCAUUCUAAGAAAAAUGUUUCUUUUAAAAAGGAAAUUUACUGUUUUGGAUUUACACAAGCAGCAGACAGUUAGGUGCCCUUCUUGCAGGGUCACCCAAAUAAGUAGUGUGCAUAUGUUUAUGUUGAACUGCUUCCCUUGUUUCUGCACUUACAGUACAUUUUAAGAAAAGGAAGAUAAAUUCGUACCAAGAAAUAGAAUACAAAAUUAAGUCUUUAUUCAAUGUAUAAACCCAACAUUUUGUGGAGAUUUUUUAAUGGUUGCUAAAAAGAAAAUGAUGGGUUUUAACUCUUCCGUAGUUUUAUAUCAACUCCUAUUCCUUCAAAACUACAGCAAAAACGAGAUCUCAAAGAAGAAAUCUCCAAGGGGAAGGUUAAACCGGAUGGUUUGUGGCGGGUUUGGGGUGCAAAGAUGCGUUUUUCGGUCAGGGGGGAGGGCGGCAGGUGCGUCCUCAGCUCCGCCUGCGCUGCGCCCUGCGCGCCACCGGGGGGCGCUGCAGCCCGCGGGAAGCGCCGGGAGCGCGGCUGGGGCGAGGGAACGGGAACGGGGCGAGGGAACGGGAACGGGGCGAGGGAACGGGGCGAGGGAACGGGGCGAGGGAACGGGGCGAGGGAACGGGGCGAGGGAACGGGGCGAGGGAACGGGGCGAGGGAACGGGGCGACGGAACGGGGCGACGGAACGGGGCGACGGAACGGGGAAAGGGGGCCGGAACCGGGAACGGGGCCGGGGGCCGGAAUCCGAACCGCGCCCUCCCUGCCGAGCCGGGGCUCUGAGCCCCCCUGCCCUUCCUGCCGCCCGCCCGGGAGCUCAGAGAAUUAUGGUCCAGACCCUUCUUUGGAAUUCACUUGUCCUUUCUGAACUUGUCUCACCUUUGGCUACAGACAGUCAUUCCCACUUCACGGUGCAAUGACAAUGACUGACAGCUUUGAAAUGAAGUGACCACCUGGAACCCAUUUCUCCCAGGUGUGGGUGCUGACCACAUGUAACUGCAGUCCUCAUGCCCAUACCAGCAUUGCUCUUUAUUGUUCUCUAGAGAUCCGUGGCAGAGAGACUCUGCUGAUGUUUUUUCUCUUGGCAUCAACACCAUCAGGACUCACAGCAUCUUUAUACUGGCUACACCUACCAGGUUAUUCAUCCACUUCAGCGUUUUGCUUGGGCUCACAAAAAGUUUGCAUUGCCACUUCAGGUUGUGGUGAAACCAAAGUGCAUGAGUGUGAUAAACAGCGUGCUGUUGUAGCCCAGUCUCUCUUUGGGGUAAUCAAUUCUGACCAUUAGAAGAGGUGUCAUUUCAUCAUAGUUGCCAAACACAAUGGAAUUCUUGCAGACCUUCCAGGUGGGUUUGACCCUGGCAUCAGCUGGGUUACUGUAGAUAUAAAGCAUUUCAGAGUCAGUGAAACACUUCCCCACCUGGGAGUCCCUCCAGCACGGUGAUGAAAGGGGAAGCUGUGUCCUGGAAGGUCUCUCAAGGAAGCCUCAAUCCCCAGUGCACCUUGAGGAACUUUCUGGGCAAAAGAGCCCACUCAAGACACCAGUGUGGAUAAGCAGCUCAUGACAAACACCUUUGAGGAAAGUAAAUCUUUCCAUGUCUUGAUGUAUUCAUGUGAAUACUGGAUGCUUUUCUAAAAAAUAUUUUCUUUUUUUUUGGUUUUUUUUAGCUAUAAUUAGAGCUCUUUAAAGAGCUAAGUGGAUCAAAACCUGUGGGCUAUGACACAGUUAUAGACCAUGUGUGUGGUAGCCUAAGAAUCUAUAUUCAGUUCUUGACAACACAGACUCAACAGUUUCUGUGCUUUCACUCCCACCUGCUAUAAAUAUACAAUGGAAAAAUCUAAGUGUUAAAAAAUUCAAAGUGUUUCCCAGGCAGUUCCUGCAAUGCAAUGAAUGUGCCAAAGUGGGUCAUAGGUGAGAGUGGAGAAUGGGAUCUGCUGAUCUGUAAUCUUACUGUCUUGUAAUAAUGUUAAAGUGCUGUAACAGUGAUACUGUACAUCCUGGCAGGUCAAACAAGGGAGACCAGUGCAAAGAAAACCACAAACCAUUUGAUUAUUGAGAUUUUAAAAAGUAUUAAAACUAGGGGGUUAUUUCUUAAGUUGAAAGGUUUUUGAACUGCCUUUGUAGUUAUUUCAAUUUUGUUUUAUACAUUUACCUACCUGCCAAGCAGCUCACAGAUGUAGACACAGCUGGACAGCACUUUUGGUUUUUCUUCUGAGGAAAGUCUGUCUUAGAGCUUGCAAAACCCUUGAGUGGCUAUUGAACGUUUGAACUUCUAAUGCUGAGCAAGGGAAUCCUUCUAUUCUGCAGGACUUCAUUCAUAGUUUUGCAUGGAAUUUCAUGUUUUAAAAAAAUCUACUAGAAGAAGAAUUUUAUCUCUAAAUUCUAACAUGAAUCCCAUAAGAAGAACACAAGACUUCUGAUGUAGGCGUUUUCCUCAUCUCUUGGUGACAACUUUUUAUCAUUCUUAUCACUAACAAAAAGACAAUCUGCUGUGUAUUGGGUUCCCUUUGGGCUCUGCCAUCUUUUCCCCUCCCUAAUGCAGGUACAAAUCUAAUGUGUGGAGGUGUUCCUGCAGUCCAAUGGAACUUGCAGCAGUUAGUGCUAAGAAACGUUCAAUUCUCUCUCUUACAAGUGUAUAUCAUGUGUUUUUCAUUAUAUAUUUUUGCAAGGAUGGUAAAAUACAGCUUAAAAAUCACUUGCUUAGCACAAAAUCACUUCCCUAUUGAUUUGGUUACCUUCUUGCUGCUUUGCCAUAC